CUCAGUCCUUUCUGUUGACCAUUCAGUAUAUUAUGUUUAUGGGUAUACAUAACUACAGUUAACUGCAAAACAUUAGCCUACAUGGAACUCAAAGUCUUCUAGGCUUUAGGAGGAUCAGGGUGCCAUCCUUUGACAACAAGGAAGAAGCUUAAAGCAUGGGUUCUGUGUGUAAGCCUGUGCCCUUCAAAAGACUAGUCAUUGUGGCAUUUGUACCCUUUGACCAGGUAGUAGAGAUACAAGCCGGUGCUCUUUGGCACUGAAGGUUUUGUUUUAGACCCUGACUAGUGAGAUGCUGUUUCAGCAUUCUGCUGUGAAUAUUGUUGGAAAGGUGGUUUCCUGUUUCCCUUGUUUGUGUAUUAGGAUCAUCCCUCCAUUUCUUACCAUGUUGUGUGCUUGCACAGCUUUUGCUUUUGCUGAACAAGAGCAAAAAUCUAGGUGAAUUCAAUAAUCAGAAUUUUUGGUUCUGGUUCCAGUGCUCUAUUACAAAAGGAGGUUGUACAAAUGUUUCCAUGUGAAUUGUAUUGUAAGUUAUGAUUGAUUUUUUUUUUCCUUUUUUUUUUUCAGAUUAUUGACCAGCAGAUUUGUUCUCUCUCAUGAGCAUUAUUAGCUCAUCUAUUACCUAGAAAGAAGAGAGUGUAAAACUAUUUUCCUCCAACUUCUUUCACUGAACCACAUUAACUGCUUUGUUUUGAUUUUUUUGUUUGUCCUUAAAUGCAAGUGUGCUUAAUUUUGCAAUGCACUAAUUGCAUGGGUAUAUAGCAUCUUCACCAAAAGGAAGGAGAGCCAUAUUGCCACAGUCUUAAAUGCCAGAUUCUGGAUGAGGCUUAGAGAAUCCAGCAGGGGUAGGUGUUGGGGCCAGAGGAAGAUGAAUAAAGGAGGAAGAGAGAAGGAGAAUGUAUCAGUGCUUCAUAUAUCAUGUAGAUGGUUCCAAUGCAAUCUAGCCAGUAGCUCUAUAUGAUCAUUUAAACCUGAAAACCAUGGGGGAAGAAACCAUUACACUUACAAAGCAAGACACUCAAAAGUCAGAAAACCGGAUGCAGCAGUUAAACUAUAUUUUCAUGCUUGUUCUUCCAUCUUUAAUAUUUAGUUUUACACUUCUGUUGCAGAACACGUUUUCAAGAUAAACUAAAAGAUUCUAUUUUAAAGCAUCCUAUCUACUGAAAAAGUGAAAUAAAUGGUGCUCUUUUGGAAAUCAAGUCAUAAGUAGGAUGCAUUGUAUUUAAGACCGUAGUCCCAACACCAAGCCAUUUAGAUCUGAAGAGGCCGUACAUCUCAUAGGAAGCCAAAGCACGCAGUUCUGUCAGUCAUCGCCACCUUAUCAGCCCCACCCGUUCGGUUACAUUAGCCUCCUCCACCCUGAAACAGGAUGAUUUGGAAAUUUGCCUUGUCCAUUUUUCUGAUGGCAGCGCUGGUUAGAGUAACAGACACCAGGAAAAACCGUCCUGCAGGAGCAAUUCCAUCCCCUUACAAAGACAGCAGCAGCAACAACUCUGAGAGGAGGCAGCACCUGAACAAGGAAGUGCUGGCCUCUAGCCAGGAGGCCCUUGUGGUCACUGAAAGGAAGUACCUUAAGAGUGACUGGUGCAAAACACAGCCCCUGCGGCAGACUGUUAGUGAGGAGGGCUGCAUAAGCCGCACUAUCAUCAACCGCUUUUGCUAUGGGCAGUGCAACUCCUUCUACAUACCGCGGCAUGUGAAAAAGGAGGAGGAAUCCUUCCAGUCCUGUGCCUUCUGCAAGCCACAUAAGGUCACCUCGUCGACCGUGCAGCUGGAGUGUCCUGAGCUGGACCCCCCCUUCCGACUCAAGAAAAUCCAGAAGGUGAAGCAGUGCCGCUGCAUGUCUGUGAAUCUCAACAACUCAGGCAAACUGUGAGAGUGGGCGGGUACCUACUGCACGGUGUUGCCCCCAUCAGAUUUACUGCUGCCUCUCCUUUCCCACUGAGCAGACUCACUGUCUAUUGUGUUGGUUUGUUUUUUCUUUUUUCUUUUUUCCUUUCAGGAGGCAUGUCUCCAGCAAGGAAAGGCUCCUUGUCACUUGCCUACUGGAAUAAAGCUUUUUAAUGGGCUGUGUUAGGCACUUUGGCAUAAAGGUUCAUUGUAUUUCCAAUAUCAUCUGACGGUUGAAUCUUCCGGAGUGGAGCAGACUCCCAGAAGUUGGGAUUGAUCAUCUAAGUGACCAGUUGGCUGAAUCCAGCAUUAAAUGUUUCCACUGUGUGGAGUAAAGCCCUCUGCCCUACACUCCAGUCCCCUCCACAAGAAGAGAAGGCCUCGCUGGCAUUUCAGUCCAGGGCUUGCUGCUCUCAUGACCAAGUGUUGGGUGUGCUGCCCAGAGCUGGGUGACGCAGGCAGGGGAGAGACGAAGUAACACACUGAAAGAAAGUGAGACUCUCUGAUGAGGUUCUUCUUGCUAAGACAACUUCAAUUGUGCAAUGACAAACUGUUCUGGGCUGGUUGUCUAAACCACAGAUAAGAACUGAAGGGGAGAGGGGGAAUUGUUAGGUCAGCCAUCAGGAUCGCAUCCGCAGACUGAAGAUGGAUUCUUACGCUGUUGUGGUUAGAACAUAUCAAACACAUGGUCUCUGCAGCAGUGUUUAUUUUGUAACCUAGCUAUAGUAAACAGCUGUUUAAAGUAUUAUAGACCUAGCCAUGUAUAUUUUUUUUGUGGCAGAAUAUGCCAGAGACUAAAAUGUAUUGAGUAAGAGACUUUGUUGCUAGGUCAGUUGCCUGGCUUAAAACAGACAUGUUUUAACUAGGCUUUCCAGUAGGUUUUGUGUGUUAGGCGUGUGUGUUUCUUACUCCAAAGAAGGACAACACCCACUUACUACCUUGUAUUUAUGCUUGCUCAGAUUGGGGAAAGUGGGAGAGGAGCUGAAAACACUUAAGGAAACAAUGUUUCACUUAAGCUAUUAAAGCACUGUAGCACAAAAAGCAAAAUUUGGUCUUUGUUGGACUGAAUACAAAAGCUGCCUUAUGCACCAGUGUGUCAGGUGGUGGCUUUCCCAUGCAGUGGUUGGAAACCAGGUAACUUGUUAGUGUUAAAGGGCAAAACUGCCUGUAAGUGCUGUUGGAAUGGGUCACAGCUGUAGGAGCAGGGAGAAACUAAGCUGUAAUUACUGCAGUACUGGUGGUCUGCUGAAAUUUUGAGUUCUGACUUAUCAGUGUUGGCGAAUACUUUAAGUUCAUUUAAAAUCAUACUGUGUUGUUGCUCUCUUAGCGGAGUUUAGCAUGUCGGUAUAUCCCGUUUGUUCCAGUUCUGAUCUGUAUUAGUACCAGCUGCAUUAAAUCCUACAUCUAAAAACAAACCAGCUCCUCCCCACGAACCAAAGCCCAUGCAUGCUAAAUUGUCUGAAGCACACAAAUUAAAAAUGACAAGCUGACUCCCUGAUGCAUGUCUUUCUUACAGUUCAGCAUCCCCAUCUAGUGAAACCAGCUUGCUGUAGGAACCCUUCCCUGCCACCCUUUUUACAUACCACGACUCCAAGGGGUUAACGUGGUUAGUGCUUUUGCCAGCCAGGAGUGCAGUGCCACAAGUCUCUGUUAUGUGAGACAGGCUGCUCUAAGAGGCUUUCUGGACUGAGCUCCAGUGGAGCUCACCAAGCGGUUUACGGGGAUUGGCACAGGCAGGAUGAGGUUGGUCAGGUAUGUUAGCCCUAUUGCAUGAACAGCUAUGCAUGUACUUUCUGCUGUGGUCUUUCACAGUCAGAAAUGCACAGGGAGAUGCCUUGUGCUUUCGAGGCCAUCACUGCGCUGCUGUUGGCAUCGUGCCAGCCACCGAAUGGGCAAUAUUCAGUCUAGGCUGGGGGGGGGGGGGGUGAUGAUAGUUACAAUCUAUUAGGACACCAGGGAUCUUGGUCUCCCUUUGGAAGAAAAGAACUGAAAGCCAGGCCCUACUAGCAUUUUGGAUUUGGGGGGGGGGAGAACCCUUACUAACUUCAGUUAGGAAAAAUGUACAAGAAUCUUUAUCUCUAAGCUAUGCCCUGCCUGGGUUUCUCACCAGUUUGCAAUAUGAAUAUGCUGCAGCUUAAAGCUCCUUCUAGGAGCUGUGUUUAUGUAAAAACUGAGUUGAGCUUGUAAUGGUUAAAACUGUAUUUAAUUCUUGUUUUAUAAAUGAAAACAAAAAUGAAGAAAUGCUUUAAGUAUAAUGUAAUUAUUUUAUAGGUCUACUAUUAAAUUAUAGACUAAAUAAUAAAGCUACUCUAGGGUUAUAUGGUA